AUGGCGGCCUUCGAUGGAACAUCCUGCCCCGAGGAACACUUGAUGCCAUACAAAAACUUGAUGUUGCUGAACACCACCAACCCGGCAUUGUGGAGCAAAUUCUUCCCAACUACUCUCACAGGAGUAGCCUUGACGUGGUACACCUCUCUUCCAGGGAGAAGUAUCCACACCUUUGCCCAAUUAGAGAGCAAAUUCCUGGGUCACUUUGUGGCAUCCAGAAGGCAGGAGAAAUCAAACUUCCAUUUGCUUAGCAUAACGCAACUGGAAGGGGAAUCCAUAUCAUCGUAUCUGAGGAAAUUCCAUGAGGCAGUGCUGGAGGCACAUGACCCAAAGAGGCGUAAAUCAGAAAAGAAGGAUCCAAUAUCCAAUCGCUCCUCAAGGAGCGUAGAGGAACAUCCAUCUAGGAGGGAUAAAAAUUACAUGCCGCAUCAUCCAGAGCCUCCAUCAGACAUGGGACCUCCACGAUCCCGGCACAUAUAUGCCGUUGAAGGGGAGUCCAGGACGCGGAAUUUGCUUGAUGGAGGUAAUGACCCGAGGUUCAAUCGGAAUAGGAAGGACAUUUUCUUCGCUGUUCGGGAUGAGUUGCCAACUCCACCUCCUAUUACCACUCCCUCCGAUCGACGCAACUACAAUCUGUGGUUCAUCAAUCGAAAGGACUAUGGCACGAGAGGCGACGCGGAAAGAAGGCCUUGGAACCAGAAAAGAAACGAGGCUAGGCGUGAAAGUUCCAACACACAAGGAACCAUCAAUAUGAUUUUCAGCGGCUACACCGAGGAAUAUCCCACAAUCCGCGCUGCGAAAGGCAGCGUCCAUACUCUGUUCAAAGGACCCCCAAAAACCACCUCAAGUGGGCCGAUCAUGAGAUUUGAUGCCACUACUUCCCAACCGUUGCAACAACCACACACUGAUCCUUUAGUGGUUACCAUCAAGAUUGGGCAAAUGAUGGUGAGGCGAGUAUUGGUGGAUACCGGAAGCACAGCCGAUCUUAUAACGAUGGAAUGCCUAAGAAAAAUGAAAUUCGAAGAAAAGCACCUGCAACCCUUUGAUAAACCUUUGAUUGGGUUUGGAGGAAACCAGGUCAUUCCAAUGGGAACAAUCAUACUCCCUGUGCGAGUAGGGGAAAGAAGCGGAAGCAGAACUAUGCCCAUACGAUUCACGAUCAAAGCAGCAAUCUUUCCUCAUCAACUCUUGCUGCAAUUCGAGCGGGAUGAUGGACAAGUUGGCAUCCUCAAGGGAGACCAGUCGCGUUGUCAUUUGUAUUCUGUUUUAUCAGCACUCAUCCCGCGGCAUGCUCGCGUUGUCAUUUGUAUUCUUAGUGAUCGUCAAAAUUCAUUUAUAAGAUCAGAAGUUUUAUUUUCAGAUUAUCCGGCUCUUAUAUUCUGGGAUCCGUAA